GAGAUCACUUUGGUUUUUUCUGAGACUAAAAUGGUGAAAAUGCUAUCAUCAUCUCCUCUGCUCACUCUUCCUCCUCGUCCCUCAUUCCUAGCUCCAACCCAGCGUCUCCGUUUCGCGUCCUUGGGAGCCAUUAACGGCGCCUUUUGGGCUCCCAGAAGAUUCCGCCCCAAAGCAACCUCCGUCUGCACCACCAGAAGUGAGCUCGACUCCGUCAACAUUGCCGAUGACGUCACCCAGUUAAUUGGGAGAACACCAAUGGUGUACCUCAACAAAGUUACGCAAGGCUGCGUUGCAAAUAUUGCUGCAAAGCUUGAAUCUAUGGAGCCUUGCCGAAGUGUGAAGGAUAGAAUUGGUUACAGUAUGAUAUCUGAUGCUGAAGAGAGAGGGGUAAUUACUCCUGGGAAGACUAUAUUAGUUGAACCAACUAGUGGAAAUACUGGACUUGCUAUUGCUUUUGUUGCAGCAGCUAAGGGAUAUAGGCUUAUAGCUACCAUGCCUGCAUCCAUAAACCUUGAAAGGAGGGUUCUUUUACGUGCAUUUGGUGCAGAGAUUGUUUUGACUGACCCAGAGAAAGGUCUGAAAGGGGCUGUUCAUAAAGCUGAAGAAAUUGUUCUCAGCAUGCCAGAUGCUUACAUGUUUCAACAGUUUGAUAAUGCCGCUAAUACCAAGAUCCACUUCGAAACUACAGGGCCCGAAAUAUGGGAGGAUACUAUGGGUAGUGUUGACAUUUUUGUUGCUGGGAUUGGAACUGGUGGUACUGUUACAGGCACUGGCCGUUACCUGAAAAUGAUGAACAAAAAAGUGAAGAUUGUAGGUGUUGAACCUGCAGAGAGAAGUGUAAUCUCAGGGGAAAGCCCAGGUUAUCUGCCAAGCAUUUUGGAUGUUAAAUUGCUUGACGAGGUUAUCAAGGUUACCAAUUUUGAAGCUGUUGAGAUGGCAAGGAGACUAGCAUUGGAGGAAGGUUUGCUGGUUGGUAUAUCAUCAGGCGCUGCUGCAGCUGCUGCAAUUAGUUUAGCAAGAAGGCCUGAGAAUGCUGGAAAACUUAUUACAGUUAUAUUUCCAAGCUUUGGGGAGAGGUAUAUUCCUACUGUUCUUUUCCAAUCUAUCCACGAAGAGGUCAAGGAAAUGCGGCAAAGAUAGCCUGAAACAGCUCCAGAAAUGGAGUGUUCAAGAGAAUUGAGUCAUUCUCUUACAACGGAACCAGAAGUCACCACCCUAUUCUCUUAAUGGAUGCAAUUUUUCACUGAAGGCACGGUAACAGGAGGCUAGGUUUUAAAGCGAUGCAAUGAGCUCAUUUAUACGAGUUUUCUUUUUUCAUUUUUUUCUUGGAAAUGUUCUUUUGUAUAUUCAGCUUCGCCUUUCCCUUUGUAUUUAGUUUUUCCUUUUCAUUUUUCUCCAAGAAAAAUAUUCAAAUGUUGUUAAUGUGGUUGUACGCUACGUAUUUUCUUUGUUUAUAAGUAGUAGAAUACUCUUUCGUUUCGAAAGAGAGAGCUCUCAAACCCUAGGUUUGGAGCCGCCACCUCCUUGUGAGGUUUUUCUACCGCCUUGUGGAGGGGAGGAGGGUCGUUCUCCCUCUUUCUCUUUCGCUUGGUUUCUCCUAGUGAUUUUGGUGUUCUCCCGGUGUUUUGCGUCUUCCCCAGCUGCAGCAACUUUGCCUCUAGUGCCUCUGGGGACUGCUUCUACCUCUGUCUUCAGCCUUGCUCAUCUUGUUGCUCAUCUGGAAGGAUGUGGUUCUUAGAUCAGGUCUUUUCUAAAGUAUGAUAUAUUUUUCUUGGUCCUUUAUAGCUUGUCACGUGUCUGCUCAUCGUCCUUUUCAGCACUCCAUCUUAUUGCUGUUAUCCGCCGCUUCGUCGUUUGAUGUCCACUUGCCGGCACAUGGUCUUCACACGCCGGCGCAUUGGCGUCACACGCCUCUCAGUGCCUCCCAUUCUCUGCCCAUUCCAUUGCAGGAGCUGCUGCUUUUUGGGUUUAGUUUCUUUUAUGUAUCUUUCUAUUGUUUUUAUGGUGUUUUCUUUUGUUUAUUGCUUUUGUUGUUUUUAUAUUUUGGCUUUUGUCUCCCUGUUUAUUCGUUGCUUUACUUGUUGGUGGAGACAUUGCCUUUCGGUGUUCUCUCGCCAGUUUUGUUCAUUUUGUGUUUGGUUGCUUGUCGGCUUCUCUGAUCCAUCCUUUUACGGUGUUGGCAUGUUGGUGGUUCUACCUGCAGACCUUCCGGAACCUCUUGUGAUGCUUCUUAGUGCAAUUCUUUGUGGCCAUUUUGGUUCUCUUGAUGGGCUGGGCCGAAUCAUUAAUUUGACUAAUUCCUAAUAGUUCGUGUAUCUUUUGCUUGCAGCACUGUUUUUUAGUUGUAUGUGGUCCACCUAUUUUUUUGUUUAAUUUUGUCCUAAUUCCCUUUCCUUUCCUCCACAUCGAAUAGAAAGUAGUAGAAUACAUGUUUUUAAGUGACAAGAUUCUACGCUGUAUAAUGUAUAGGCUGGGGGUCACUUUUCAAAACGAGGCUGUCAUGAAGAUUUUAUUUAUUGUAGAGUUAGCAUCAAAUUUAGUGGUAGCAUACAAAUGUUGACUUUCAUUGAUAUUGAUGAGACGGAAGAAGGGAAACAU